UCGUGCGUCGUCAGACUCGCCGUCGACAUGGCUGAUCAAGUCAUCGUCAUCGGCGGUGGUCUCGCGGGCCUGUCCGCGGCGCACACCGUCAUCGAACACGGCGCGCGCGUCGUGUUGCUCGACAAAUGUUCCUUCCUGGGCGGGAACAGCACGAAGGCGACGAGUGGGAUUAACGGAGCGUUGACGAAGACGCAGGCGCGGUUGAACAUUCCCGACAGCGCUGAUAAGUUUGAAGAUGAUAUCAUCAAGGGCGCGGCGGGCGUCGGGCACACCGAAGCGCCGGCACACACGGUGCCGCUCGCAAAGGUGCUGGCGCAAGGAAGCGGUUCGAGCGUGGAUUGGUUGAUGGAAAAGUUUAACCUUGACUUGUCCCUCGUCGCGCAGCUCGGUGGGCACUCGUUCCCGCGAACGCAUCGAGGCAAAGAGCGGUUCCCAGGGUUCACGAUCACGUACGCCCUGAUGGAGGGGUUGGAGAAGAUUAUGGAGGAGACGAAUGGGGAAAUUGCGCGAAUCGUGACCAAAGCCGAGGCAAAGCGGUUGCUAAAGGACGGAAGUGGUACCGUGAUCGGGGUGGAAUACGAGAAGGGUGGCGCUUUACAUCAAGAGUACGGUCCAGUCGUCAUCGCUACCGGUGGUUUCGGUGCGGAUUACCAGUCAGACUCGUUGUUGAAAAAGUACCGACCCGACUUGCAGGCGCUGCCGACGACGAACGGUGACCACUGCACGGGGGAUGGAAUCAAGAUGGCCUUGGCCGUCGGAGCGGAUACGAUCGAUAUGGAGUCUGUGCAAGUGCAUCCUACCGGAUUAGUCAACCCUUCAGAGCCAGAUUCCAAGGUGAAGUUCUUAGCCGCCGAGGCGCUUCGAGGCGUCGGAGGCAUCCUCCUGGACGCAGACGGGAACAGAUUCGCCGAUGAGCUCGGUCGACGAGACUACGUCAGUGGUGAAAUGAACAGAAACAAAGGGCCUUUCCGUUUGAUUCUGAACGGCAAGGCUUCAAAGGAGAUCGAAUGGCACUGCAAGCAUUACGUCGGGCGAGGCAUCAUGAAGCGUCACGAUACGGGUGCCGAAGUUGCAAAAGAAAUGGGCAUCAGUCCACAAAAGCUCGCCGACACCUUUGCCAAGUACAACGAAGCCGCUCGAACGAAGAAGUGUCCGUUCGGUAAAAAGUUUUUCACCAACGCUCCGUUCGAAAUGAAUGAUUUCUUUCACUCCGCCAUCGUGUGCACCGUCGUGCACUACACCAUGGGUGGACUCGCCAUCAACACUGAUUCGCAAAUCGUCGGGUCGUCAGGACCGAUUCCUGGUUUAUACGGUGCGGGCGAGGUCGUUGGGGGUAUUCACGGCCGUAACCGACUCGGUGGUAACUCUCUGUUGGAUUGCGUCGUCUUUGGUCGCGUCGCGGGUGCCUCAGUUUCUCGACACCUCAUGGCGACGGCUAUCAAGGCGCUUAGAUCUGGUCAAUCCGUCGCUCUUAAUCGCGUCGCUAACUUGAACGACAAGAUCAACCCAUCCAUGAGCACGGCGUCCGCCGCGCCAGUGUCUAGCGGUGGCGGUGCUCGCGCUAUCACCAUGGAUGAAAUCGCGAAGCACAACUCCGAGGGCGACCUCUGGGUCAUCAUCGAGGGCGCCGUUUACGAUCUCACGACUUUCUUGCCCGAUCAUCCAGGUGGAAAGAAAGCGAUCAUGCUCUUCGCCGGAAAGGAUGCCACUGAAGAGUUCAACAUGCUCCACCCUCCGAACGUCUUGAAGAAAUAUCUCUCUCCAGACGCGAAGAUUGGAACCGUCGCGUGAUUUGACACGUAACUCGGUCGCCUUAAAACUCGCAUCUUGCGCUUAUAACAACACUCCAUUUACUGUACGUACAUCACGGUUCGAUAGCGGUUUUGUCAAAUAAAAUUCGGACUCACUUUCACGUUA